AUGAUUGAAUCGACAACCAUAACUUCACCGUCCGUGAAUACUGCACAGAUUGAGCCUCGAUUCAUCGUGUCGAAGCAUAAAGUUGCUGCUGCGCAACAACAGAGCUUGUCGAAAUCCCACGGUUCGCAAGGUGGGUUCUUUGCAAAGUCAAGGAAGGGAUCGCAGAUGGACCUGGGUUCCUUCUACAACAACACCGGGAUGUCCUCUGUUGUCACGGGUUCACCGUCAUCGUCGUCGUCUAUGGAAUCCCGCUAUUCUCAGUCAAGACAUAGUUCUAUGGCGGAUCUCAAGCGUUUCUUUAGGAAAUCGUCAACCAAUGGCGGAGCGCAUUCUCCUUUGAACAGCCAGCCGUCUUUCUUAUCGUCACCAUCCCACUCCUAUCUUGGAAGCAGCACCCGUGAACGGUCCGGCUCGGUGUCUUCCUCGUAUAGCAACAAUGUAUCUGCCUACACCACUCCACAACAGUUACCAUUCUCGAAGAGAUAUAGCAAAUUCGGCGAGAGCUUAGGUGCUGGUGCCGGUGGCUCUGUGAGACUUGUUAAGAGGCUGAGCGAUAACGUUGUCUUUGCUGUGAAGGAGUUCAGACCAAGGACUCAGAAUGAAACCAGACGUGAAUAUGCUAAGAAGAUCACAGGUGAGUACUGUAUUGGCUCUACACUGAGACAUCCAAAUAUUAUUGAGACUGUUGAGAUUGCGUAUGAGAACGACCGUAUCCUACAAGUGUUGGAGUACUGUGACUAUGACCUUUUUGCCCUUGUAAUGUCAAACAAGAUGUCAACGGAGGAGGUUGAUUGUUGCUUCAAGCAGAUCCUCACGGGUAUACAGUACUUACACCAUAUGGGGCUUGCGCAUCGUGAUCUGAAGCUGGAUAACUGUGUUGUUAAUGCCCAUGGUAUAGUUAAGAUCAUAGACUUUGGGUCAGCCGUUGUGUUUUCAUACCCAUUCUCACAGACUUUGAUAGAGGCUAGUGGCAUUGUCGGCUCAGAUCCUUAUCUAUCUCCCGAGACCCUUGUAUUCUCCAAAUAUGAUCCGAGACCAGUCGAUAUAUGGUCAGUGGCAAUGAUAUACUGCUGUAUGACGCUGAAGAAGUUCCCAUGGAAGGUUCCAAAAUUGAGCGACAACAGUUUCAAGAUGUUUUGUUCUGGUAGAGACUGUGAUUCUCUAAGUGCACUACUCACUAGAACGCCACCUCCGCCUCCUAUCGAUGAGCCUUUGACCAUUGGUAAGCCUAUCUCAGAAGACCAAUCGAAUGCUACGUCAUCGGAACCACAACAGGAAAGCGCAUCGAUGCAUACGAGCAACCUCAUUGGAGAAGCACGUCUACUACAAGCCUUACCGGGACACACAAGAAAUGUCAUUGGUAGGAUGGUUGAUCUUGCGCCUGCUUGUAGAGCCUCGAUCGAUGAUGUUAUGGCCGACGCAUGGGUCCAGAGCAUUGAUAUGUGUACUGUUGAGAACCACUACGAUGGCUCUGGAAUCACCAGACCUAUGUACCAUAGAGCUUCCAACCACCACCACACGCAAGUGGAUCAGAGCGAAGCUCACAUUGCAUCCUUAGAGAAGAAGAAGAAUAGAAGAUGAUCACCUCUCACUGUACAUAGGAGGGCUUCACCUCUCAUCGCUGUCCCAUCCUCAGAGAUGACAUAGAAACAAAAAAUAAACACGCACAACACGCAUGUAACAAAACACAUGCCUCAGACGAUACUGCGAAGGACAUGUAGCAGGGGUAGUUUCUAUAUUUAUCCGAUAAGCACAGCGGACAAGUCCUUCGUGUCUUCUCUGUCUUCAUUUGCAUCGUUUCUCUUGGUCAGGUGGUGGUAAUUUGGUCUGGACCUAUGCUUACACGUAAUUAAGCUGCGUUCGGAUCAACUCAAGGCUGGUGCCGUCAACAAAUGC